UCCAAGGAAGAAGAGGAAGCCUGACCUUCCCUCGACACACCUUCCCAGAGAGAUGCCCGCUGAGCAGGACGGGGCCUUUUGAAGGACCGGCUCUGGGGCCAGCGGCAUGCAAAGGGACAAUGAACCCCAGCCUUCGGACCCAGCUGUCCCUACCAUCAAGGUGGUCCUAGUGGGGGACGGUGGGUGCGGCAAGACGUCUCUGCUGAUGGUCUUCGCCAAGGGAGAGUUCCCUGAGGCCUAUGUUCCCACUGUCUUUGAGCGGUAUUCCAUGGUCUUGCAGCUUGAGGGCAAACCUGUGAAUCUCUACCUCUGGGACACAGCAGGGCAAGAAGACUAUGACCGCCUCCGCCCGCUGUCCUAUGCAGAUGCCCAAGUAGUGCUCAUGUGCUAUGAUGUCAUGAGCCCCAAUAGCUUCGACAACAUCCUUUCCAAGUGGUAUCCAGAGGUGGCACACUUUUGCCCAGGGGUACCCAUCAUCUUGGUGGGCUGUAAGACUGACCUGCGCAAGGACAAGGUGCUGCUGAAAAAACUACGUCAGGACCGCCAGGAACCCAUCACCUACCAGAAGGGCCAGAUGAUGGCAAGAACAGUUCGAGCAGUCACUUAUCUCGAGUGCUCUGCCUGGCUCCAGGACAACGUGCCCUCUAUUUUCCAGGAGGCAGCAGCGGCUGCCCUCAGCAAUCGCAAGCAGCGCUGUCACAGGCCAAGGCUGGCUUGGAAAGGCUGUGUGGUGACCUGAAGGCCGAGGCCGCGUGCCCCCCAUGGCCAGCACAGAGAUCCAGCUACAAGUCUCAUCCCCUCCGUCCCCUCUGAGGAGUCGUGGAAGGGGCUGAGCAGGCUGGGCUAACUCAGUCUCUGACACCAAGGCUGAUCCCUUUGCUGGCCAGGAACUAUCUUCUACACACUAAAAAUAA